CUAGACCGCCAUGGGUUGAUCAGAGCAUGCGGCCGUGUCGCAGGCUCUGAAGUGCUAAGAUACGACGAACGACAUCCAAUCAUUCUCCCAUAUAAUUGUCGAUUGUCUCGCCUUCUCGCGCAAUUUUCAUACCGGAUAACUCUUCAUGGCGGCAACCAAUUGAUGGUGCGCCUCAUUCGAUCAAAGUAUUGGAUUCCAAAGGUUCAAAGGCUUAUGAAGGGGUUUGUGAACUCCUGCAAGGUCUGCGUUAUUCACAAAAGGAGGUUGCAAACCCAAAUGAUGGGAGAUCUUCCAACCGAGCGUUCGUCCUUUUCCAGACCGUUUACGCAUACAGGGAUUGAUUACGCGGGUCCUUUCGAAAUACGGAACUAUACAGGGAAAGCAUGUCUGAUCACGAAGGGGUAUGUGUGCGUAUUCGUGUGUUUUUCCACAAAGGCGAUACAUUUAGAACCCACGUCCGACCUCACCACCGAAAAAUUUCUCGCCGCCUUCGCUCGUUUCGUCGCAAGGCGCGGAUGUCCACAGCGUAUCCAUUCAGAUAAUGGAAAAACUUUCGUUGGUGCAGCAACCCUGCUUUCCAGUGACUUCCUUGACGCGUUUAAGGACUCGGUGACUGAUGCGUAUAGCCAUCAGCGGGUUUCGUGGCGCUUCAUCCCACCAGGAGCUCCACAUAUGGGAGGCCUAUGGGAAGCCGGAGUGAAGACUCAAGUUUCAAAACUCUCUUCUACAAGGCCACGUCCACUCGGAGGUAUACGUUUGAAGAGCUUUCUACGCUGCUCGCGAAGAUUGAAGCGUGCCUCAAUUCCAGGCCGCUCUCACCGAUGUCCGAUGAUCCGACGGAGCUGCUAGCCCUCACUCCCGGGCACUUCCUUAUUGGGGGGCCCUUAAUGAGUACGGCCGAGCCCGAAAUAAAGGGGAACCUUAAUUCGAUCAUCAAUCGGUGGCAGCAUUUGAAGGCCCUCAACCAACAGUUCUGUCAAAGGUGGAAGGAGGAAUACCUCAAGGAGCUCCACAAGCGGACUAAGUGGCAGACGCCGACGCCAAAUCUGCAGGUUGGCGAUAUGGUGGUCAUCAAGGAGGAUAACCUGCCGUCCAAUGAAUGGCGGCUCGGAAGGAUAACUUCCGUGUAUCCCGGUGCCGACGACAGGGUCCGUGUGGUGGAUAUCCUUACUGCCCGCGGUACCCUCAAAAGACCGAUUGUCAAGGUCGUUCUCCUGCCAGUAGAACCCCGUAGUUCCAUCCAACAAUAACUUCCAUCCUCAUCCAGACAUGGCCCCACGGAUCCGCGCCAGCCGCACCACGGAGAGCCGUCGUGAUCGAGGGAUCAACUCGUACCGUUGCCGGGUCUGCCGAUGAGUUCAUCCGCUGCGGUCCUGUCACCAUUUCCUUCGCCUGAGCCCUGAGAAGAGAAUCCGAGCUGUCCUCAUUAACAAAUAUUGCGGGAACUGCCUGGCCCACCAACACUCCGGCCAGGAUGGUCGUAGUGGCGGGCUGUGCCGGGUGUGUGGCAAAAACCACCACACUCUACUCAACAUACUCCUCGUCCUCGGCGUCCAGGCCGCUCGGCCUCAGGAACAUCGUCGCCAUCUACAGCGCCCCACGUCAAAUAUUCCGUUCUCUUUCGUAGUGAUCAGACGUGUUUUUGUUUUGCGCUCCGCAUUUUUC